AUGGCGUACUCGAAAGUACCCUAUUCGAAAACGCCUCCCAUGAUGAACGUGCCCCAUGCCACUGGGACUUACUCCAACAUGGCUAAUACCAGAGGAGGAAUCUUCACAAAUGUGACCCUCCCGAGUGCUGCCUAUCCGAACAUCCCUCAACCGAAUGCUCCCUACAUGAACGGGGCCUACUCAAAUGUAACCCAUCCCAGUACCGCCUACACAAGUAUACCCAAUCAGAGCAGCGCCUAUGCGAGCAUGCCAACAGCCAGUGGCGCUUACACAAAUAUGACCAAUCAGAACGGUGCAUAUAUUAAUGUUAGCGGCCACCCCGUUAUUAGCGGCCACUCCAUUGUUAGCGGCCACCCCGUUGUUAGCGGUCACCCCGUUGUUAGCGGUCACCCCGUUGUUGGCGGCCACCCCGUUGUUGGCGGCCACUCCAUUGUUGGCGUCCACCCCAUUGUUAGCAGCCACCCCAGUGUUGGCGGUCAUCCCAAUGUUAGCAGCCACCCCAGUGUUAGCAGCCAUCCCAAUGAGACCUACGCCAAUGGGGCAUACGCCAGACCGCCGUGUCCCAACGGUGCCGGCGGCUUCUACGCGAACAACUUUGAAGGCGCUCAGGGCGAAAACUACGCAGGCAAUUACCCUCCCAGCUGUGCGCCCAGUUAUGUGGCUAACUAUGCGGCCAGCUACUCCCCUAACCAAGGAACUAAUUGUGCUCCUAAUUUUGGCCCCAAUUAUGAAGGGAUCUACCCCAUGGGAGGUAGCAACGCCUACGGGAAAGGGCGCUCGAAUGACCACCCCAGUGAUCAUCCCAGUGGCCACCCCAGUAGCCACCCCAGUAGCCACCCCAGUAGCCACCCCAGUAGUCAUCCCAGUAGUCAUCCCAAUAGCCACCCCACUGAUCACUCGAAUGAGCACUCUCAUGAGUAUGGAAGCGAAUGUGCAAACGAUUACGUGAACGACUAUAUGCACGACUACAUGAAUGAGUACCUAAACGACUACGGCAUGGAGGAGCCUACCAACACGAACCAUCUAGACGACACCAAAGAAGCAAAGAAGAAAACAAUCAGAGGAAUAACCUCCUUUACUCUCUUUGCUAGAGAAAAAAGAAAGGAAUUACUUAACCAGAAAGUAUUCCUAGGUAGUUCCCUCACCGAGCAAACAACAGCAGUAGCCAAAAUAUGGAACAGCCUAAGCGAUGAGAAAAAAAAGGAAUGGGCUGCCAAAGCAUCUAAAAUAAAUGAGGAAAAUUAUUUAUCCCAGAAGAAAAAGAAAAAAAGAAAAUUUACUGCCUUCAGUAUUUUUGCUCGAGAAAAAAGAAAGGAACAUAAGGAGAAAAAUAUAGACAUGGGAUUAACCCUAGCACAGCAAAAUUCGUAUGUAUCCAAAUUGUGGAAGCAACUCUCCGUUGAGGAAAAAAAUAAAUACAAAAUUCUCUCAAAUAACGUCAAUGCGGAAGUAGCCAAAACGAGUAAGAGUGACAUGAAUUACGUGAGUGGAGAAAAGCUAAGUGGGUUUAAAGGACGAAUCAAGGCUCUAGACAACAUGAUGAACCAGCAGUUUUCAGGAAAUGCUUCCUUGCCGUACAACAGUGGAAUCAACGACGUGGGUUAUGUGAACAGCAUGGGCUACAUGAAUGGAGUCGGCACGGGAACUGCACCCAUGGGGGUCAUCCCCCCAGGAGGAGUUCUCCCCCCGAGCCGAAUUAACGCAGUGCCCCCCCAAAAUACACUGAGCAGCACGCCAAACCAAGCGAACCCCCCGAGUAGCAUCAACAUCCCCAGCGACGCGAUCUUACCUAAUGAAUCGAGCGACAUAAGCAACCUGGGAUACAUGGACUACGUUAACUACAUGAAUACUGUUCUAAGCCACGACAACCCAAGUUACAUGAGCAAAAUAAUCAGUGCAGGGAAUGAAAAUUACAUGACCAUGAUGAAUAACCUGACUAACGAAAUGGCGAGUGGAAUGACACAAGAUUUGACGGGCAGCUUGCCCAGCGAACCACAAACAACUGACACGAAGAAGGAAAAAAAAAAUACAAAAUUGAAAAAGAGGAAGAACAAAAAAGAUCAUAUGGACAACACAGAACAGGAUCAAUUAAUGAACAAAAAUGGUUCCUACAAAAUGGGGAAAGAAGAUCCUCCCCCUUAUGAAACAAAUAACAAUAUGAUUGGCGUUUUUCCCGCGGAGCCCGAUACAAGGGUAAACCUCUACGAUGGGUGCAUGUCCACUGUGACCAACAUGGCUCAUGUGACAAAUAACGGCAGUUACUCGCAAAACAGCGUCCAUAAAAACAACGGCCCCGUGAAUGUGCCCACACCAAACGAUGGCAACGCCGGCGUCGACAUGGUGUAUGCGAACAGCUUGCUCAAUUACUACGCUAGCCAGGAGAACCCCAACGUGGGCGACGAUUCUAUGAACAAUGUGGGCAAUGUGGGAAGCAUGCCCAACGUGCUUGACGUGGCAAGUGUGUCCAAUAUUGGCAAUCUGACCAGCCUGACCAACCUGACCAACCUGCCCCCGGAUGGCACGCAUCGACCGAACGGCAAGGCGCACCCGCCCAGAAACAUAAACGAGAGUGGCAGUCCCGCCACCGCGGCGAUGACAACCGCCUCUAUCGGUGUCGACAAAAAACAACCCAUGAUAAACGAACAACCAAACAGCAAUCUGGGCGUGAUGACCGAUGCAAGUAUGUUCAACAAUCCGAGUAAGAGCACAGCAAAUAUUAUUAGUAAUGUACCAUAUGACGGCAUGCCCAUGGGAAACCCCCUCCUCCCAUGUAACAACACUGCACUUAACAGGAUCCCAUUCAACAACGUUCCGUUCAACGCAGUCCCCAUGUAUAAUAUCCCCCCAAACGGGACUGCCCAAGGUGGCAGUGGUACUGGCCUACCAAACGAAAACUUCAACCCUGCGGAAGCACAUUUGAAUAACGCGUUACUUAACCCCGCGGAUGGAAUGGACAUGAGGAGAGGAACGAACGCAAUGAACAAAGAACCGUUCAGUAAUCCCUAUGUGAGCAACGUGGCAAGUGUACAUAUGCCCAAUGCCGAUGAGAACCACCUAACCCUAAACUCUGACAACCUAAAAGCGGCACGAAAAACGAAAAGUAAAGACAAAAUAGAAGAAUUGAUGAAGAAAAAAAUGAAGAAAGAUGAGAAACAAAAAUUAAAAGAGAAAAAAUUAAAAGAAAAAAAAUUAAUGCUGAAAAUGUACGACAAGAAAAAAAAGCAAUUACUGAAGACAGAGAAACAAAUGGAAAAAAAUAAAAAAAGUAAAAAUAAAAAUGGGGUGAAUACGAUUGAGGAUGCUAGUGGCGCCAUGUAUUACCACCCCAAUCCUGUGCACCCCAAUUUAAUAAGUACAAAUAUUAAUGGAAUGCCUUUCGAUGCUCCCAACGCGCUCAUGAACAAACCAAUGGUUGGUAACUUCAACCCCUACGUAAGCAUGGACAACGUGGACGCGAAAGAUAUGCACAUGAAAACUGUGGCCAUGGCGAGCAGCGGAAUGGGGAGCAGCGGAAUGGGGAGCGGCGGAAUGGCGGCCAUGAUGAGGGGAGGAAACCUUGCCGAUCGCGGCGUGGACAAUCGGGCCAUUCCCCUCAAUUUUCAACAUGUUAACAACAUGAACAGCGCACUGACUAACAUGAGGAACAACCAACCCACGCCCUACCCCUUCGUGAAUAAUUACCCGAGUGAUAUCCCCGACAUGAGAAGUUACAUGCCCAACAACGAAAUGAAGAGUUAUGAUGAUGCACCCAGGGGUCUACAGGACCAGCAAGUAGCAGCAAUGCCGACACCCCCCAAUGAGAUGACUACCUACCCAAGUGUUAACCUAAAUGAGAAAUCGAAGAAGAAGAAAAAAGUAAAUCGAAUGGAUGCCGCCAACUUGGUUGUUGACUCUGGGGAUGGAAACUUAACCUUUACCGAUGCGAAAAAUAUGCCCCUUAUGAAUGAGAAAAUGGGCUUCAACAAUGGGUUCAACAAUGGGUUCAACAGUGGGUUCAAUAAUGGGUUCAACAGUGGGUUCAACAAUGAGUUCAACAGUGAGUUCAAAAAUGGGUUCAACAAUGAAUUCAACAAUGAGUUCAACAAUGUAGAAUAUAGGGACAAUUACUACAAGGACAUGAGGGUUACCGAUUUUGGAGCGUAUCAACAGACGGACAGUAACAAAGGGGGCCAAGUGGAUAAGCUGCCUGCGUACCAUAUGGCUAGUUUUGAAGUCAAAAUGGGCAAAGAAAAGGAGGAGGGACAUCAGAAAAAUUUAAAUCAGAUGAACCAAAGACCGAAUGCUUUUUACGACCCAGAGCAGAUGUAUGGCAGUAGCCUCGCUAGCAGCGGUGCAAAUGGAAACCAUCACGAUGGUGUCGUGAAUGUGGGUGGUUUGCUAAAUGUGGGCAGCCUCCCCGUUGGGACGAGCAUCCCCGCUGGAGCAAUCAUCAUGGGGGAUGGCUUCUACGAUAUGAACAGGUCCAACAGCCAGAACCUGAAGAAUCAGCACUCCUACGGGUAUAGUAGCAACCACGGUGCACAUAACGUUGUUGGCAAGCAUGGCACAGGUGUGGUGGGUUCACCGAAGGAGGAAUACUACGAACAGGUGACGAGGAUAUCGGGAGAGGAGCGCGAGGGUGAAGAAGGAACGUACAAAACGUAUAGCAGUGUCGCGAAGGGUAUGGGCCAAUCUGCUGAUGAUGUGAGCAAGGUGCCAGAUUACAUGAACAAGUCGGGAGACUACCUAAACAGUCAGGGAGACUACCUAAACAAUCAGGCCAACGAGGAAAAAGCGUUCUAUGGUUCCAAGGGAAUGAACCUGAUGAUGGGCAAAGUGCCAACGGGCCUUGACGAUGCGAACGCCUCCUUCGACAAGCAGUUUUUCGUAAAUGAAAACAAACCAAUGGAACAUAAGACGAAAAAUUACUACAGCCAGAAUGAGAACAGUAAGAAUAAGUCCAACUCAACCUUGUAUGGAGAAGAAUCACUAAGCGGUAGCUACAACCACUUUAACAGCAGUACCCCGGUCACGACGGCCCAGCAACAGGCUACUUUUAACAAAACGCUGAACGAAGAAUUAAAUUUGGACCUUAACUAUGGUAAUGUCAGUUAUGUGCACACGGAUGGUUGUAAUGAGGACAGCCAGAAUAACAGCACAGGGUACUUCUACCCUCACGGUAGCGGCAUCAGUGGAGGCCAAAAAGAAAGCGAAAAAAUGAAUAACCCAGGAGCGUAUGUCAACCACGAAUUGGAGGGAGUGGCGAACGCAAACAAUAUGAUGUAUUACCCGGAGCAAAUGAUACCAGAAAAUAAAAUGAACAAAAACCUUGUAUAUUUUGACACGGUACGUGGGGAUAUUAACACCCCGAUGUCGUGGGAGACUAAGUAG